GUUAGAUGAGGAAAGGAGCAACUGAUGACGCGAAAGAACCCUUGGAUAGGCUCCUCUAUUUUGCGUUUGCGUCACGUCCUUGCCCCGCCAAUGACAGCGUCCAGCUGGAAAGCCGAAGUGACGCGAUAGGGAGCCCUUUCUUUUCUAAACAAAUUCUAUCUCUACGGCGGACGCGGGAAGAGAAACUCGACGAGGCCUGCGCAUGCGCUCUGGCGUUAGCGGCAAAGGUGCUAUCCUUGCUGCUUGGGAAGAUUGUAUGGGGUAGAGUAGCCGAAACUUCCGCUACUUACUGGACCGUGUGUCCGAAGGGGGCUGUGCAGCACAGAGGACGACCCCCUCACACACACACACACACACCGGUGCACUCGGGGCUCUGGAGUUGCUGCAGGACUCUUCAGCGUUUCCAACGGCAUUUCCGGUUAUGGCGAAGAGAAAAGAGAGAAGUUUUUCACCCCCAGGAUCCAGCAAAAGACCUAGACAAGAAUUUAGAAAUGUCUCUGAUGAUGAUGACCCUAGUGAAGAAGAAUUGCAGAGUGAUAGCUGUUCUGGAUCUCAAUUGGCAUCAGGAGACGUUGGGAUAAUUGAAAGUAUCCAGCUAAAAAACUUCAUGUGCCAUUCAAUGCUGGGUCCCUUCAAGUUUGGAUCCAAUGUCAAUUUUAUAGUUGGAAACAAUGGAAGUGGGAAGAGUGCAGUGCUCACUGCUCUUAUUGUUGGCCUUGGUGGAAAAGCUAUCAUCACAAACCGAGGAACAUCUUUGAAAGCAUUUGUAAAAGAUGGACAGAGCUCUGCAGAUGUUUCAGUAACUCUACGAAACCGAGGUGAAGAUGCAUUUAAGCCUGAAUUAUAUGGUGACUCUAUCACUGUAAAUCAACACAUAAGCCUCGAAGGACAUCGUAGCUACAAGCUGAAAAGCAGCACAGGUGCCUUAAUUUCUUCUAAGAAGGAAGAACUUAUUACAAUUCUGGAUCACUUUAAUAUACAGGUAGAUAAUCCAGUGUCUGUACUCACCCAGGAAAUGAGCAAACAAUUCUUGCAGUCUAAAAAUGAAGGAGACAAAUACAAGUUCUUUAUGAAAGCAACUCAGCUAGAACAGAUGAAAGAAGAUUAUUCAUACAUCAUGGAAACGAAAGCAAGAACACACGAUCAGGUGGAACAAGGAGGAGAGUUUCUUGAAGAACUUAGGAAAAUAUAUUUGGAGAAGGAAGAACGUUACAAAAAUAUUGCUUUUGUGAGUGAAAUGCGAAAUAACCUAAAGGAGUUGCAGCACCAAAUAGCUUGGGCAAUGGUGAGAGACACUGAAAGUGAAAUAAGAUCAAUUACAGAGGGGAUUGCUGUUAAAGAAGCAAGUACCGAAAGAUUUGUUGAGAAAGUGAAAGAGUGGCAGGCUAAAGUAAAAGAAGCAGAAGUAAAACAGAGAGCUAUCCAAGACAAACUAGAGAAGAUUACGGAAGAAGCUAAAACAUUACAGCCUUCAUGUGUUGCUUCUAAAACAGAUGUGCAGAUAAAAAGAAGAGCAUACAAUGAUGCUGAGGCAGCAUAUAGUCGGUCUCAGACUGAAUUGAAACGCUUGACGAGAGACUACGAACAACUUUGCAAAAAAAUUGAAGAACUGAAAAAUAGUGCAGAUCAUACUUCUGAGCCUGAGAAGAUGGAAAGACAGAGAAGAUCUGACCAGUUGAAAGAGCAGUUAAAGAGACUGCAUGAUCAAGAUGAAUCAGUUGGCCAGCAGAUAAAACAGUUUGAACAAGCUAUAGAUAAAUACAAGGAAGAUUCUGCUAGACUUAGGAAGGAAGAAGGUGAAUUGAAACACAAUCUGGAUUUCCAGCAACGACAGCUAAAAGAGUUGAUGGAGAGUAAAACAAAUAGACUGAAAAGAUUUGGACCACGUAUUCCAGACCUUAUUCAAGCAAUUGAAAACGCUCAUCAGCAGGGACAGUUUAAGUACAAACCAAUAGGACCCCUAGGUGCUUUUAUUCAUCUGAAAGAUGCUGAACUUGCUCUGGCUGUUGAGGCAUGUUUAAAAAGCCUUGUUCAAGCAUUUUGGUGUGAUAAUCAUAGUGAUGAAAGAGUGUUGCAGGUAUUAAUGUCAAAAUUCUGUGCUGGUGGUCGUCCUCAAAUAAUCGUCAAUGCUUUUCAGAAUCAUGUUUAUGAUGUAAGCCAAAGGGCAGUUGUUUGUAACAACUUCCCAUCAGUCUUGAACGCAUUAGACAUUGAUAAUGCAGUAGUUGCCAAUUGUUUAAUUGACAUGAGGAACAUAGAAUCGGUUCUACUGAUCAAAAAUAAUAGUGAAGCUCGGGAAGUAAUGCAGAGAAACAGGCCUCCAAAAAAUUGUAGAGAAGCUUUUACUGCUGAUGGUGACCAAGUGUUUGAGCGACGUUAUUAUUCUUGUGAAUAUACCAGAUCCAGAUUCCUCAGCAGAGAUGUGGAGGCAGACAUAAGUCACUUGAAGAAAGAAGUUGAAAUCAAAAAAGGCAAUCUAUUAAGACUUCAGGAACGAAUAACUUGCCUUGGCCAUGACAUAAGAAAUAAUGACCGCCUCCUUACUGAUCAUCUUCAUCACCAAAAGAAAUUAAAAGUAGAUAUGAGAAGAAUAACUCUAGAAAUUACAGAUCUUGAGAAUGUAGAAGAACACCAAUCAGUGGUCAUCUCUACAUUAGAAGAAGAAAAACAAGAGAACGAGAACAAGAUGGAGGCUGUUAAGGUAGAUAUACUCCAGCAGACAGAGAAAAAGGAGGAGCUGAAAAUUAUUCUACAAGAGGCAGAACAAAAAUUUGAAGCAAUUAAAGAUAAAAUUCAUCAAGUGGAGGAAGAAGCAGGACCAGUCAAGGAUAGAUUAAAUCAAGCGGACUAUGAACUGGAAAGCAGUAGCGAUCACAUGCAACAUUAUGAGGGGAAAGAGAGAGAACACUUGGAAUCCAUAAACAAAAUUAAAAAUCAUCUAGCUACAAAAGAGAAGGAAUUAAUGGAAAUUAUUGCAAAGGCUUCAAAAAUUCAUCCAGAGCGAAUAGAAGUAAAUAGAACCAUUAAGAGUCUUGAUACCGAAAUAAAUAUUUUAAGGGAUAAAAUAAAUUCAGAAAGAGAGCGUACCGGAGAUAGAGAAGAAAUAAUAAGGCAGCUUCAGGAAGCAAAAGAAAAGUAUCAGAAUGCUGAGAAUGAAGUAAAAAACUUGAAGAAAUUCACAAAACUUUUGGAUGAAGUUAUGAAGCAAAGACAUAAAACAUACCUGCAAUUUCGCAGGUACCUAACUAUGCGAUGCAAAUACUACUUUAACUCCUUGUUAAGUCAACGAUCAUAUUCUGGAAAAAUAGAAUUUGACCACAAGAUUGAAAGGCUUUCAAUUACAGUCCAGCCUGGAGAGGGAAACAAGGCUUCUUUAGACGAUAUGAAAUCUUUGUCCGGAGGUGAACGUUCCUUCUCUACAAUUUGCUUCAUUCUUUCCCUGUGGUCCAUUACUGAAUCUCCUUUCAGGUGCUUGGAUGAAUUUGACGUCUUUAUGGACAUGGUUAACAGAAGAAUCGCUAUGGACAUGAUGCUUAAAAUGGCAGAUUCUCAACGUUAUCGGCAAUUUAUUUUGCUCACCCCACAGAGCAUGAGCAACUUGCCUAUAUUUCACCUUAUUCGAAUCCUUCGAAUGCCAGACCCUGAGAGGGGACAAUCCACUCUGAAUUUUCGUCAUAGAGGUGAAGAAGAUGAAGAUGAGGAAUGAGUGCUUUAUAUACUGUGCAGAAUUGGCUUGUUUAUAUUGUACACACAGCUGUUAACAUCAUAGUCUACCAUAAGUCCUGUUAAAACAAAUGAGAUGCAAUGGUUCAUAAUUCUCCAGGUUGUGUUCACAAUACAUAUGAGUGUAAUUGUGCCUCUCUUUCAUUUUUAGUGCAGCUAUCAGUAUUGACCAGCAAAACUGUGUAUUAAGCUUUGAGACAUUAAAAAGUAUUUUGUGAGAUAACAUGCGCUCUUUCUUUUGCAUUUGUCUCCUUUUAUUUGAAGCUGCUUUGUAUUGUCUUGUAAAUAAUUGAACUGAAAUAUAUUGUUUGGGGAAGUAAUUAAAAACAAAUCCUACAUGUUUUGCUACAUCAUUUUUACAAUAAAUAGUUAUACAACUGUAAUAACAGUUGAGAAACUAAA